AUGCUCUCCCCCCAUAGUUGUGUAAUCUCACCAGCUGAGAAAACGAUUCUUCUAUACCUCCAACGGGAGUGCGGUAAAUACUACAUGGACAUGAAUAAAUUUAGGAAGGAUGGAUAUAUCGCUUUAAAUCUCCUGACCUCUGGGGACGAGCUGUGGCUCGGGCGGGGUCAUCCCCGAAAACAGGAUGCACCUGCUAUGAAGGAGCGCUUUGAAGAUUUUGAUGUUGAAAGAAUUUAUUACUCAGCAUCCAGCAAAUACCUUACAGUCCUUGCAAGUCUACCGGCUUUCCUUACGGUUUACUGGCCCGCCCAUUGGUUGGGGUGGCUGUUGCUGGGUAAAUCGGGUUUGGGCUCUUUGGCCCUUCUUUAUCCUAAAUUACAUUCAAUGGAACAAUCUCCUUCCCUACCAGGAGCCAGGCGUUAG